AUGGUAUCCGUGCAAAGACACAGAACACAGUAUUCCGUGGCGGCUUGUCGCUUUUACACUUCAUCCUCACCUUCGUCCUCGUCGUCAGCCGCGGAAGAAGCGUCAGGAAAUACAGCAUCCGAUGGUAGCGCCACCGAAGCCGAUCAUCAUGCAGUAGUUUCUACCUUUGAUCUAUUCUCAAUUGGGGUGGGACCUUCCUCUUCUCACACGGUGGGUCCUAUGCGAGCAGCGAAAUUUUUUGUGGAUGAUCUCAAGAAGCACAAUAUCCUUGAUCAGGUGGACACCAUUCGAGUGGACAUGUUUGGUUCCUUGGCAUUGACGGGAACCGGGCAUGGCACACCGGAUGCCAUCCUGAUGGGUCUUGAAGGUGAAGUCCCCGAUCUGAUCGAACCAUCGAGCACCAAAUCCCGUAUCAAAGACAUUUAUCAGAACAAAUCAUUACGCUUGAAUGGAUCCCACCGAAUCGAAUUCGAUCCAGAGAAGCACCUCAUUUUCAAUUAUUUCAAAUCGCUACCCCAGCAUCCCAACGGCAUGCGAUUUUGUGUUUUUGACAAAGCCGGUAACCUGAAAGCAACCAAUGAAUAUUUUAGUAUUGGCGGUGGAUUUGUGGUCAAUGACGCCACCCAAUUACAACAUGGUGACAACGUGUAUUACAAGCAUGAAGAUGGCGAGGGAUCGAAAGCCAUGGCGGGACGUCGUAAGCAAGAUGCCGCCGUGGUGACGUUGCCUUUUCGAAAUGCGGACGAGUUGCUGGAUGUGUGCAAGCGCGAAAAGAUGACGAUUGCGCAGGUGGUAUUUGAAAACGAACUUCGAUGGUCAACCCCCGAAGAGAUUCGUGCAAAACUGCUGCGACUUUGGAACACCAUGGAUGAAAGUAUUCGAAACGGCGUCAUGGCUGCACCUAAUGAUCAUUUGCCAGGCGCAUUAAAAGUGCCCCGACGAGCACCAGCUCUAUAUAGCAAGUUGUUGAAGGGAUUAUAUGGCCCAUUACCAGAUAGAACCGCAUACAACGAUUCAAGAAUCCCGAUACCAUCUACGUCCCUCACCGAAUCCCUGAAAGAUUCAAAAUCGUUACACGAACAAGAUCAUGCAUAUUCCUCUGCCAAAUUUCCUCUUUCUCUCUCUGUGUUACCAAAACGUCAACGGAAAAGAUUCUUUUUACCAGCCCUUGAUUAUUUAUCCGUGUAUGCCAUUGCCGUGAAUGAAGAAAAUGCUUGUGGUGGAAGAGUCGUGACCGCGCCAACCAAUGGCGCCGCAGGCACCAUCCCUUCCGUGUUAAAGUAUUACCUCGAAUUUAUUUCAGAGCACCCUGAGCACGAUGUCAUGGAAUUUUUGCUGACCACAGCCGCCAUCGGCAUGUUAUUCAAGCGAGGAGCGAGUAUAUCAGCGGCCGAGGUUGGUUGUCAAGGAGAAGUGGGCGUAGCGUGUUCCAUGGCCGCGGCUGGAUUUACCGCAGUGAUGGGUGGUACCGUAGAUCAAGUAGAGAAUGCGGCCGAGAUAGGCAUGGAACACAACUUGGGCUUGACGUGUGAUCCGAUUUCCGGCCUUGUCCAAGUGCCAUGCAUUGAACGAAAUGCGCUGGCGGCUGUCAAAGCUAUUGCGGCGGCACAAUUGGCGUUGAACGGUGAAGGCGACCACCGCGUAUCUUUGGAUCAAGUCAUUGAAACCAUGCGACAAACUGGAGCGGAUAUGAUGUCCAAAUACAAAGAAACAAGCCAAGGCGGUUUGGCCGUCAAUGUACCCUUAUGUUAA